ACUCACGGGUCUAUAAAUAGGCCCCUGGUUCUCAAACGCUUUGCUUCAUUACCAUUACCAGCAGCAAUAGCAUGCAACACAUGGUAGCACACGACAUGCUUGUGCCACUCAUCGUGUCACUUCUCUUGAUCGCUGGAGGAGGAGGGUGGCAUGCGAGUUUCGUCAAUGCCGCCACAACGGCAGCACGGAAAUUGGAGACGCCAAUGACGAAGGCCUACUGGGAGACGCUCCUUCCUGGAACUUCAAUGCCUCCAGCUAUCAGUGACCUCUUAGGCCAACAAAAUGUCUGGGACAAAGGUGAAGAGGUUCCAAGCAAAGAUAUAGUAUCACAUGGAUCAGAACAAGAGGAUCCCCAUAAAGCCACAAUGUCAUAUGAGUCAGAAAAGGACAAUGAUCCGCACAAAAUUACAAUCUCAUAUGGGUCAAAACAGGAAGAUGAUCCGAACAAAAUUACAAUGUCAUAUGGGUCAGAACAGGAAGGUGAUCCCAAUAAAGCCACAAUAUCAUAUGGGUCAGAACAGGAAGAUGAUCCACACAAAGCCACAAUGUCAUAUGGGUCAGAACAGGAAGAUGAUCCGAACAAAAUUACAAUGUCAUAUGGGUCAGAACAGGAAGGUGAUCCCAAUAAAGCCACAAUGUCAUAUGGGUCAAAACAGGAAGAUGAUCCACACAAAGUCACAAUGUCAUAUGGGUCAGAACAGGAAGAUGAUCCGAACAAACUCACAAUGUCAUAUGGGUCAGAACAGGAAGAGGGUCCACAUAAAGUUACAAUGUCAUAUGGGUCAGAGCAGAAAGAGGUCCAGAAAAUAAUUUUAAGCCAACAUGAGGCACGUAUGAAUGGACAGGGCAGUCAUCAUCACAAGGCUCACAGCCAUAGUACCAAAAGGCAGCAGGCCGACGUCUUCUUCUUCCAUGACAUGCUGCGACCAGGUUUCAUCAUCACCCCGACCAUCCCGCCGACCAGCUCCCUGCCGAGUCUUCUUCCCCGCAGCGUAGCUGGCUCCAUCCCUUUCUCCCACGAACGCCUCUCCGACAUCAUCUCCAUGUUCGCACCGGCGUCCCUCUCGAUGGCCAGAAAGAUACGGUGGACGUUGGACAUGUGCGAGCACCCACGGACACUCCCUGGCCAAAGCGCCGGCUGCGCCACCUCCCUCGAGUCCCUCGCCGAGCUCCCUCCAUCCUUUCUCAAGACACGCAACGUCCGCGCGUUCUCUGCCGCCGAUUUGCCCGUCGAAGCUCGGGGCACGCGGGCACUUCGCGGGAGGUACAACGUGACGGCCGUCCUGAAGGUCUCCGGUGAGUCGUCGGAGAUCGUGACCUGCCAUGAUCUGACCUACCCGUACGCUGUGUACUACUGCCACACAGCCAACCGUACGUCCGCAUACACAGUGACGCUGACGAGCGUGGAGGAUGGCGUGGUGCCGAAGACAAUGGAGGCUCUGGCGGUGUGCCACCUUGACACGUCCAAGUGGAGCCCGAAGAACCCCUUCUUUGAGCUCCACAACCUCAAGCCGGGGGAGGUGACCGUGUGCCACUUCCUCACGAAGCUCAGCAUCAUCUGGGUUCCGGGCAGCUAGAUAGCUAGCAGGGAGAAGCACAUGCAACAUGCCGGUAGAAGUGAACGCGCAUGACGCGUGUGGGGUUUAUGGUGUGUGUGAGCAUAUAUAUCAUGUGGACGGGUCUACUACUAUGUAGUACUUGCAUCUAUCGAUAUGCAGUGUGUGAAAUAAUAGUGCGUAAGAACUGUGUGGCGUAACACAACCCUUGUGAAAGCAGGAUUGUGUGUUUUACGUGCUUUGACAAAAUCAUGGAGGAUUGUGUGCUUUUUUUCUA